UCCUAAUCAAAUCUACUCGCGUCGGAGUUGGGGAUUUCCUCCCAAGUCUGUCGAUCGCUGACUUAGUCCACGCGGUCUCCUCAAUUUCCACCAUUCGACCCACUGCCCAACUCCACACGAACCGGUGGACUCAGCACGCGUUUUCUGCCACUGAUCGUUGGUUCCUGCUUUGCCUCUGGUGGGAAUCGCUUGAGAUUCACCCCCUCAGCCAAUUGCGCUUGCGCUUACGCACUGGGGCUGCAGGACAGCUUCUGGACUCCUCACCCUAGUCGAUCGUUCUUAUAUCGCCCUCCCCCCGUCCGGCCGCCCUGAUGUCAGGAAGGCCUGGCAUCACCGAGAAGCGGUUGUCCGCCAAACGCUUCCAUCAGCUUCGCGACAUGGCGCCAGACAACAUGUUAAAUCCUAAUGAUGUUACCAUCGAUAUCCCCCUGAACACAGUCCCCAGCCGGGGUCAAACAGGCGCUCGCAAGUCCAGCGUCAACGGUCCCGACUCCCCGGAUCCUUAUCAGCCACCGGUCGACAGCAGCGAGGAGAAACAGGGCCUGGUCGCACCGAAUCCUGGUCUGCGCAGACGAAUCGACGAAUCGUCGGGCCGGUCGAUCGAUGAACCCGAGGAUGGCACAAUCACUCGCGUUGGCCGCUUCUACCAAGCGGUCCUCAACUACUCAAUUGCUACCCGUUAUUUAAUCUACGUGACACCACUCGCUCUGUUGCUCGCCAUCCCCAUCAUUGUAGGAGCCACGGCCGCGCAGGACGCGACUAUUGGCGGAGUGACACUGCCUUGGUUCUUCUUUUGGUUCGAAAUUGUGUGGAUUAGUUUGUGGGCAUGUAAGCUCGCCGCGCGAAUCAUCCCAUACGUCUUCCAAACACUGUGUGGUUUCGUUAGCUCGGGCACUCGCAAAUAUGCUCUCAUCUUACGAAAGCUUGAGUUUCCAAUCGCCACGGUUCUGUGGUGUGUGGUGUGCUUGGUGACAUUUUUGCCGGUUAUGACGCAGAACCCCCACCAGAAGAAAGUGGGCGAUACCUCCACCAAGUCCUGGGAGAAGUCGAUCAAAAACAUUCUGUUCGCUCUAUUUGUUUGCAGCCUGAUAUUCUUGGGCGAGAAGACAGUUGUGCAUUUGAUCUCCAUUAGCUACCAUCGAAAGCAGUUCGACGCGAGGAUCAAAGAAGGCAAGCGGAAUGUCCAUCUUAUUAGUCUCUUGUACGAUGCCUCUCGGCAGAUGUUCCCUCUGCACUGCAAGGAGUUCCGAGAGGAGGAUGCCGCCAUUGCGGAUUUCUUACUGCGAGACACAAGCAGCGGGAAGACGCGCCUGCCGACUAGCGGCUCGGCCCCUCUUCGCAUGAUCCGCGGAGUCGGCCAGAACGUUCAGAAGAUCGGCCAAAACGUUCAGAGGAUUGGCGGCAAGGUGACGGCCGCCUUCGGUGACGUCGCCCACGAACUUACCGGCAAGCAAGUUUUCAACCCCACCUCCACCCGCUCGAUUGUCGCCGGGGCAUUGGAGCAUCGCAGGACCUCGGAAGCCCUUGCGCGCAGAAUCUGGAUGUCAUUCGUGGUGGAAGGCCGGGAUGCUUUGUAUUUCGACGAUCUUUGUGAGGUGCUCGGCACGGGGUUGGAAGGCGAGGCCGAUGAAUGCAUGAAGAUGCUGGACCGCGACGGCAACGGCGAUAUCAGCUUGGACGAGAUGAUUCUGGCGAUUGGAGAAGUCCAGCGCAACAAGAAGGCCCUGAAUAACAGUUUGCAUGACAUUGAUCAGGCCACCCGAGUCUUGGACAAUCUCCUGAUGACCGUGGCCUUCAUCGUUGGUCUUCUGGUCUUUGUCUCUUUCGUGACGAGUGGAUUUGGCACGGUCAUCGCAGCAGGUGCCAGUGCCUUGUUGUCCCUCAGUUUCGUCUUCUCCACUACUGCACAGGAAGUACUGGGCUCAUGUAUCUUCCUCUUCGUCAAGCAUCCAUUCGAUGUGGGCGAUCGUGUCGAGAUCAGUGACAAGCCCUUCUUCGUCGAGCGCAUUUCCCUACUUUUCACCGUGUUCCGCAACGUCAACGACCACCGGAUCACGCAGAUCCCUAACUCGGUCCUCAACAGCUUGUGGGUCGAUAACUUCACCCGUGCCAACGCCAUGCACGAAGUCCUUAAAGUCCCCAUCGAUUUCGACACCACGUUCCAGAACAUUCAACGCCUGCGCGACGAGCUAGAGGAAUUCGUGCGUGACAAAGACAACUGCCGCGACUUCCAGCCCGACAUCACCAUUGAUGUCAGCGGCGUCGGCGACAUGGACAAGAUGGAGUUGAGCGUGUACAUCCGCCACAAGUCCAAUUGGUCAAACGAAGCGGUCCGCGCGACGCGACGCUCGAAGUUCAUGUGUGCCCUGAUCGCCGCCGUACGCCGGGUGCCGAUCCGCAAGCCGGGAUCUGGUGGCGGCGACGAUGAGAAGAAGCCGGAGGAUAAGUUGGAGGACACACCUGAGAUCAUCGUUGAGGAUGUGGUCAAGCGAGCCCGACGGGACUCCGCCUCCAACGAGCCCGUUGUUCGUCGCAUCCCCCCAACGGAGUCAAGCUUUGCCACGACCGAGUCUCGCUCCACCGGCUUCGACAUGGGCCAGUCGCCGAACUCCAUCCAACGCCGCGGGGUGGGUGCCUCUGUUAGCUCCUACAGCGAAGGCCUCAGCGCCGAGCAUGCAUACCCCACCUCCCGCGAUGGCCAGGAAGCCGACCAGUACCAAACGCCCGCCGAGUCACCCGGCCCGGAGCGCACGCGCAGCGUCAACUACGGAUCCGUGACGCGGGAGCACUCGACCGGCCGCCGCAAGGAGGGAACGGCUAAUAUAAUUUCGACCGCCACGGGCGGCGUCCCUGUCUUGUCCGAACCGGUUCCUCCCCGGCGGCAGCAAGGGCAGCAGGAGCAGCCGCCCGUGCGUCUAGUUCCCGAGCACCAGCAGGCUGCAGCCCAGACACAGCAGGCCGGAGCAGCAGCUGCGGCUGCCAACGGGGCUUCGGUUGCGCGCCAGCAGCCCGAAUACUACAGCUACCAGGGCCAGUACUACCACCCCGUCGAGGAGGCGUACGACCCCAACCAGCCGUUCGAGCUCCCAUCCAUGGAGGAGCCCUCGGCCGAGGCAGAACGGGAGUACUCGUCACACACGUUGGCUUCGUCGCGGACGGCGUAUUCGGGCGAGUCGAGUGAGGAGCAACAUCAGCCGAGGUCAUAUCCCGCGCGCCGUAACCCGUACGAGGGACAAUAAUUGGAACAACCAACCACAGAAAUAGACACACCAAAACAAUAUCCACAAAAGUAAACGGAUCUGGGCAGGAGAGACAAACUGGAGUAAGGCGUGGUUGUCAUAAGUGACGAUACGAUUUUCAAUUCCAUCCAUGGGAAUGGCGGGAAUUUCUGUAUUUUUAUCAGCCAAGAUCUAUUCCCAAGAAGCAAGACUGAGUUCAUAUCUUAGGUACGGUUUACAUAGUGUUUAAAGCAUACACGGUAGAUAGUCAUAAUCCGACCUUUAAUUUUUUCAAACACAAUCCGCCAGGGUCUAUCGUACAGUACAUGAUACAUAACGUUGACAAACGCCCACGGGAGAGAAGCGAGCCUAAGCCAUCCCAGCGGCCGUGGGGAACCA